UAAAAAAUGUCAAAACUGAUUAAAAUAUGUAUAUCAAAUAUUUACAAGUGUUUAACAAACAUAAUUUCAAGGAAACAUAUAAAAAAGAUCUUGAUAAAGCUGCCGGAUAACUUUUUUCCAACAUAUCGUUUAAUAAUAAAUAUCGUUUUAAAUGUCGAUGGGAAGACAAAAAAGGAAAGAUGUAAAUAUAAUUGUUGCUGUAGGGAGCAACGUAAUAAUUAUUAUGAAAAAUUAUCCGAUGACAUGAAAGGUAAAAGAAAGUCCAUCGAGCGCUGCCAAGUAUCGUCGUCAAUCGAAAACCCCGUGGUGCCUCGGCCACCGCCGAUGCCCGUAAAUUUGCUAGAAAUUCCUGAAGGCAGCUUUGAUGAGUUGCGUGUAAGGCCUUCGUCCACUCCGACCAAGAUAAUUAUUGGUUUAGAAGAAAUUGGGAAUGUUAAACUGCGACCGUCGGAAGUUAGACGAAAUAGCGCACAAGUUCCAGAAGUAAAUGAUAUGUUGCAGAUUUUAAAACGUCGGUACGCCGCCAUUCAUUCCCCGGGAUUUUUUACAGAUAACGAAAACCAGUUCGAUUCUUUUUCGGCUGGAAGUGAAAACUCGUGUUCUUAUUCUUUAAUUAUGUUGUGA